GGUGAGGGCGGGCCGCCUGGUCCCCGCCUGCUGCUCCGCCUCCCGGGAUCAGGGACUUUUCUCCUGUGUGCCGGCGGGACUUGCUGCGGCGGCGGCGGGAGCAGGCUGACGCUCAGGAUGAGCCUGCGGCUCCUGGUCGCUGCGCUCUGCGCUGCCGAGGUCCUGGUGGGGGCGCCUGGAGUGUGGGCCCAGACCAGAGAUAGAGUGACCUGCACACGCCUUUAUGCCGCUGACAUCGUGUUCUUACUUGACGGCUCUUCAUCCAUUGGCCGCAGCAACUUCCGAGAAGUGCGAGGGUUCCUGGAGGGGCUGGUGCUGCCUUUCUCGGGGGCAGCUAGCGCACAGGGUGUCCGCUUUGCCGCAGUGCAGUACAGCGACGACCCACGGACAGAAUUCGGUCUGGAUGCCCUCGGCUCCGGAGGCGACACCAUCCGCGCCAUCCGAGAACUCAGCUACAAGGGUGGCAACACCCGCACGGGGGCCGCCCUUCACCAUGUUUCUGACCGUGUCUUCCUGCCGCAUCUAGCAAGACCUGGCAUCCCCAAGGUCUGCAUCCUCAUCACGGACGGGAAGUCCCAAGACCUAGUGGACGCAGCUGCCCAGAAAUUGAAGGCGCAGGGAGUCAAGCUGUUUGCUGUGGGAAUCAAGAAUGCCGACCCCGAGGAGCUGAAGCGGAUUGCCUCGCAGCCAACCAGCGACUUCUUCUUCUUCGUCAAUGACUUCGGCAUCUUGAGGACACUGCUGCCCCUCAUUUCGCGGAGGGUUUGCACAACUGCUGGCGGCGUGCCUGUGGCCCUGCCUCCAGAUGACCCUCCAUCUGGGCCUCGGGACCUGGUGCUGUCGGAGCCGUCUAGCCAAUCCUUGCGAGUCCAGUGGACGGCGGCCGGUGGCCCCGUGAUUGGCUAUAAGGUUCAGUAUGCUCCUCUGACAGGGCUGGGACGGCCCCUGCCGAGUGAGCGACAGGAGGUGAACGUCCCGGCUGGGGAGACCAGCACCCGGCUACAGGGUCUCCGGCCCCUGACUGAAUAUCAAGUGACUGUGGUCGCCCUCUACGCCAACAGCAUCGGGGAAGCCGUGAGUGGGACGGCUCGGACCACUGCUGAGGAAGGGCUAGAGCUGAGUAUCCAGAACAUCACCUCCCACAGCCUCCUGGUGGCCUGGAGGAGGGUGCCAGGUGCCACUGGCUACCGUGUAGCAUGGCGGGACCUCAGUGGUGGGGUGACCCAGCAGCAGGACCUGAGCUCUGGACAGGGCUCAGUGUUUUUACAUCACUUGGAGCCUGGCACGGACUAUGAGGUGACGGUGAGCACCCUAUUUGACCGCAGCGUGGGGCCUGCCACCUCUCUGACUGCCCGAACUGACUCUGUUAAGCAGACCCUGCGCCCCGUCAUCUUGGGCCCCACGUCUAUCCUCCUUUCCUGGAACUCGGUGCCCGAGGCCCGCGGCUAUCGGUUGGAGUGGCGUCGUGAGAGCGGCUCGGAGCCACCAGACGUGGUGGAGCUGCCCCCUGAUGUGACCCGGCACCAGUUGGAUGGCUUGCAGCCAGGCACAGAGUACCGCUUUACCCUCUACACUGUGCUGGAGGGCCGCGAGGUGGCGACCCCUGCCGCUGUGGUUCCCACUGGGCCAGAGCAGCCGGUGGGCCCGCUGAUGAAUUUACAAGCCAUAGAACUGCCUGGGCAGCGGGUGCGAGUGUCUUGGAACCCAGUCCCCAGCGCCACUGAGUACCGCGUCACUGUACGAAGCACCCAGGGGGUUGAGCGGACGCUGCUGCUUCCUGGGACUCAGACAGCCUUUGACUUGGAUGACGUCCGCUCUGGGAUUACCUACACGGUGCGGGUGUCUGCUCGAGUGGGUGCCCGUGAGGGUGACGCCGGCACCCUCACGAUCCACAGAGAUCCGGAGACCCCACUUACCGUCCCAGGACUGCGGGUUGUGGCAUCAGAUACAACCAGAAUCAGAGUGGCCUGGGGACCUGUCCCUGGGGCCAGUGGAUUUCGGAUUAGCUGGAGGACAGGCAGUGGUCCGGAGUCCAGCCAGACACUCACCCCAGACUCUACUGCCACAGACAUCCUGGGGCUGCAGCCUGGAACCUCUUAUCAUGUGGCUGUGUCAGCGCUUCGGGGGAGAGAAGAGGGCCCCCCUGUGGUCAUCAUGGCUCGAACCGACCCACUGGGCCCAGUGAGGAGAGUCUAUUCGACGCAGGCUGGCAGCUCGUCUAUCAGCAUUGCUUGGACUGGGGUUCCGGGUGCCACAGGAUACAGGGUUUCCUGGCAAUCAGGCCAUGGUCCAGAGAAAUCGCAGUUGGUUUCUGGGGAAGCCACGGUGGCUGAAAUAGAUGGGCUGGAGCCAAACACAGAGUACAUAGUGCGUGUGAGAGCCCACGUAGCUGGUGUGGAUGGAACCCCUGCCUCUGUGGUUGUGAAGACUGCUCCUGAGCCUGUGGGCAGUGUGUCAAAACUGCAGAUCCUUAACGCUUCCAGCGAUGUUCUGCGGGUCACCUGGGUAGGUGUCCCUGGAGCCACAGCCUAUAGACUGGCGUGGGGGCGUAGCGAAGGUGGCCCGUUGAAACAGCAGAUACUCCCUGGAAACAAAGACUCUGCCGAGAUUCGGGGGCUCGAAGGCGGAGUGAGCUACUUCGUGAGGGUGACAGCACUUGUUGGCGACCGGGAGGGUGCCCCCGUUUCCAUUGUCGUCACCACACCGCCUGCGGCUCCAGCACCUCUGGAAACCCUUCAAGUAGUGCAGCGUGGAGAACACUCCUUGGGGCUGCGCUGGGAGCAAGUACCCGGGGCGCCCGGCUUCCGUCUGCACUGGCAACCUGAGGGUGGCCAGGAGCAGUCCCUGAUCGUGGGACCUGAGACCAACAGCUACACCCUGGGCGGACUGGAGCCGGCAACGCUGUACCACCUGUGGCUGAGUGUGCUGGGUCAGACUGGAGAAGGGCCCCCUAAGAAGGUGACUGCGUACACUGAGCCCCCUCGUGUCCCGAGCACUGAAUUACGUGUGGUGGACACCUCUCUCGACUCAGUGACUUUGACCUGGACCCCAGUGCCUGGGGCAUCCAGCUAUAUCUUGUCCUGGCGGCCACUCAGAGGAACUGGCCGGGACGUGCCUGGGGCCCCACAGACGCUGCCAGGGACCACAAGCUCCCACAGAGUGACCGGCCUGGAACCUGGUGUUUCCUAUGUCUUCUCUCUCACACCUAUCCAGAGAGGCAUUCGAGGUCCUGAGGUCUCCGUCACACAAACACCAGUGUGUCCCCACGGCCAGGUGGAUGUGGUGUUCCUGUUACGUGCUACCCGAGACAACGCUCACCAUGCAGGGGCUGUGAGGAGGGUCCUGGAGAGGCUCGUGAUAGCCCUCGGGCCUCUUGGUCCACAGGCUGCUCAGGUUGGCCUGCUGUCCUACAGUCACCAGCCCUCCCCAUUGUCCCCACUGAAUGGUUCCCAUGAUCUUGGCAUCAUCUUGCAAAAGAUCCGUGACAUCCCCUACAUGGACCCAAGCGGAAGCAACGUAGGCACAGCUGUGAUCACAGCUCACAGCCACCUCUUGGCAUCCAAUGCUCCUGGUCGUCGCCAGCAAGUACCAGGGGUGAUGGUCCUGUUAGUGGAUGAGCCUCUGAGAGGGGACAUAGUCAGCCCCAUUCGUGAAGCCCAGGCUUCUGGGCUCAAGGUGAUGAUGUUGGGUUUGGCGGGAGCUGACCCGGAGCAGCUGCGUCGCUUGGCACCAGGCGUGGACCCCAUCCAGAACUUCUUUGCGACGGAUAAUGGCCCAAGCUUGGACCGAGCAGUCAGUGAUCUGGCAGUAGCUUUGUGUCAGGCAGCUGUGACCACACAGCCACAACCUGAGCCUUGUGUUGUGCACUGUCCAAAGGGCCAGAAGGGGGAAGCUGGAGUGACGGGACUACAAGGACAGGCUGGGCCUCCUGGUCCCCCCGGUCUCCCGGGCAGGACCGGUGCUCCUGGCCCACCAGGGCCUCCUGGCAGUGCCCAAGCAAAAGGAGAGAGGGGCUUUCCUGGCCCAGAAGGGCCUCCUGGCAGUCCUGGCCUUCCUGGCAUUCCUGGCUCUCCUGGUGUUAAGGGCUCCUCAGGGUGGCCCGGCUCUCGCGGGGAACCGGGAGAGCGAGGACCUCGAGGCCCAAAGGGGGAGCCGGGGGAGCCUGGACAACCCACUGGAGGUGAAGGGCCAGGGCUUCCUGGAAGGAAAGGGGACCCUGGACCUUCCGGACCCCCAGGACCUCGUGGCCCUUUAGGAGAUCCUGGGCCCCGUGGCCCUCCAGGGCUUCCUGGAACAUCGGUGAAGGGUGACAAAGGUGAUCGUGGUGAACAGGGUCCCCCGGGACCAGGUAUUGGUGGCACUGGACAAGGAGAGCCUGGGCUUCCGGGCCUUCCUGGCAGCCCUGGACCCCAAGGCCCACCUGGCCGCUCUGGAGAUAAGGGAGAAAAGGGUGACUGUGAGGAUGGAGCCCCAGGCCUUCCAGGACAACCCGGGGCCCCAGGUGAACCAGGCCUGCGGGGAGCUCCUGGAGUUACUGGGCCCAAAGGUGACCGCGGACAGACAGGGAACCCGGGUGAGCCUGGAGAAAAGGGUGAACGGGGACCACCUGGUCCAGUGGGACCCCAGGGGCUCCCUGGGGCUGCUGGACGCCCUGGAGUGGAGGGUCCUGAGGGGCCACCAGGACCCGCUGGCCGCCGAGGAGAAAAGGGAGAGCCUGGUCGCCCUGGGGAUCCUGCAGUGGGUCCUGGUGGCGCUGGAGCCAAAGGAGAAAGGGGAGAUGUUGGGCCCCCUGGGCCCAGAGGAGCUCCUGGAAUCAAAGGGGAGCAGGGUCCACCUGGGUUGGCUCUUCCUGGAGACCCUGGCCCCAAAGGAGACCCUGGAGAGCGGGGUCCCACUGGCCUCACUGGCAGAGCAGGACCCACAGGUGACUCGGGGCCUCCUGGAGAGAAGGGAGAUCCUGGACGACCUGGUCCCCCAGGACCCAUUGGCCCCCGAGGAAGAGAUGGUGAAGCUGGAGAGAAAGGUGACGAGGGUACCCAGGGCGACCCAGGUUUGCCUGGAAAGUCUGGUGAACGUGGCCUCCGGGGGGUACCUGGGGUCCGGGGGCCUGCAGGUGAGAAGGGAGACCCAGGAGAUCCUGGAGAAGAUGGACGGGAUGGCAGCCCUGGACCAUCAGGACCCAAGGGUGACCGUGGGGAGCCGGGCUUGCCGGGUCCCCCUGGACGGCUGGUGGAUACAGGAAUUGGCUCCAGAGACAAGGGAGAGCCUGGACAGGAAGGUCCUCCAGGACCCAAGGGUGACGCUGGCCCUCCUGGCCCCUCUGGACAAAGGGGCAUUGAUGGGCUCCGGGGACCCCCAGGCCCACAGGGAGAGCCAGGCGUUCGAGGGCCUGCGGGGGACAAGGGCGACCGGGGACCCCCGGGGUUGGAUGGCCGCAGUGGGCUGGAUGGGAAACCAGGAGCCCCUGGGCCGCCAGGGCAACACGGUACUUCAGGCAAAGCUGGGGACCCUGGGAGAGAUGGGCUCCCAGGCCUUCGAGGAGAACAUGGCCCUCCUGGCCCUCCUGGAGCACCAGGAAAGGCAGGCGAGGACGGCAAACCUGGCCUGAAUGGGAAAAAUGGAGAACCUGGAGACCCGGGAGAAGAUGGAAGGAAGGGGGAAAGGGGAGAUUCAGGUGCCCCUGGAAGAGAAGGUCCUACUGGCCCCAAGGGUGACCGUGGAGCUCCUGGUAAUCCUGGGCAUCAGGGUCCUCCAGGUCUCCCAGGGCAGGUUGGUCCUCCUGGCCAGGGUUUCCCCGGGGUCCCAGGAGUUAUGGGUCCUAAGGGUGACCGUGGAGAGACUGGACCCAAAGGGGAACAGGGCCUUCCGGGAGAACGUGGUCUGCGAGGGGAACCUGGGAGCUUGCCGAAUGCUGACCGGUUGCUGGAAAUGGCUGGCAUCAAGGUGACAGCCCUGCGGGAGAUUGUGGACACUUGGGAUGAGAGUUCUGGCAGCUUCCUGCCUGUGCCUGAUCGGAGACCUGGCCCCAAGGGGGACCCGGGUGAGCGAGGCCCUCCAGGCAAGGAGGGCCCCACUGGCUUUCCUGGAGAACGAGGGCUGAAGGGAGAACGUGGAGACCCUGGCCCUCAGGGGCCUCCUGGUCUGGCCCUUGGGGAGAGGGGCCCAGCUGGGCCUCCUGGCCUUGCUGGGGAACCCGGGAAGCCUGGCAUUCCUGGACUCCCAGGCCGGGCUGGUGGUGCAGGGGAGGCAGGAAGACCAGGAGAGAGGGGAGAACGGGGAGAGAAAGGAGAACGCGGAGAACAGGGCAGAGACGGCCUUCCCGGCCUCCCUGGACCACCUGGCCCUCCUGGCCCCAAGGUGGCCGUUGAAGACGUAGGUCCUGGACCCGCUAGAGAACAAGGACCUCCUGGACUCAAGGGUGCUAAGGGGGAGCCGGGCAGUGAUGGCUACCCUGGACCCAAAGGAGACAGGGGCGUACCGGGCAUCAAAGGAGACCAGGGAGAGCCUGGAAAGAGGGGUCAUGACGGCAACCCGGGUCUGCCAGGAGAGCGUGGCGUGGCUGGGCCAGAAGGGAAGCCGGGUCUGCAGGGCCUGAGGGGUGCCCCUGGUCCAGGGGGUAGCCAUGGAGACCCUGGACCACCUGGUGCCCCGGGUCUUGCUGGCCCUGCAGGGCCCCAGGGACCUUCUGGUCUGAAGGGGGAACCUGGAGAGACAGGACCCCCAGGACGGGGUCUGCCUGGACCUACUGGACCCGUGGGACUUCCUGGCCCCCCUGGCCCUUCCGGCCUUGUGGGUCCACAGGGGUCACCAGGCUUGCCUGGACAAGUGGGGGAGACAGGGAAGCCAGGACCCCCAGGUCGUGAUGGUACCAGUGGAAAGGAUGGAGACAGGGGAGGGCCUGGCGUGCCGGGGUUACCAGGACAGCCCGGCCCCGUUGGACCUAAAGGAGAACCUGGGCCUGUGGGGGCCCCUGGCCAGGUGGUGGUUGGGCCCCCUGGAGCAAAAGGAGAGAAGGGAGCGCCCGGAGACCUCGCUGGGGCCCUGCUGGGUGAGCCGGGAGCCAAAGGUGACCGGGGACUGCCUGGACCACGGGGUGAAAAAGGUGAUCCUGGCCGUGCGGGAGAGCCCGGGGACCCCGGGGAAGAUGGUCAAAAAGGGGCUCCAGGACUCAAAGGUUUCAAGGGUGAGCCAGGUGUUGGGGUUCAAGGACCCCCUGGGCCACCUGGUCCUCCAGGUACGAAGGGAGACUUGGGUCCACCUGGUGCUCCCGGUGCUCCUGGUGUUGUUGGGUUCCCUGGUCAGACUGGACCUCGAGGCGAGACGGGGCAGCCGGGGCCUGUUGGAGAGCGGGGUCUGGCGGGCCCUCCAGGGAGGGAAGGUGCCCCAGGUCCCUUGGGACCACCUGGACAACCAGGGUCAGUGGGAGCACCUGGCGUCCCUGGACUCAAAGGAGACAAGGGAGGCCCGGGAGUGGGGCUGCCUGGGCCCCGAGGCGAGCGUGGCGAGCCAGGUGUCCGGGGUGAAGAUGGCCACCCCGGCCAGGAAGGACCCCGAGGACUCACGGGCCCCCCUGGCAGUCGGGGAGACCGAGGGGAGAAGGGUGACACUGGAACCGCAGGGGUCAAGGGUGACAAGGGUGAUUCAGCCAUGAUAGAGGGGCCUCCAGGGCCACGAGGUGCCAAAGGGGACAUGGGUGAACGAGGACCUCGAGGCAUAGAUGGUGACAAAGGACCUCGGGGAGAGAGUGGGAAUCCUGGUGAUAAGGGCUCCAAAGGAGAGCCUGGUGACAAAGGCUCAGCGGGAUCAAUUGGAGUUCGAGGACUUACAGGGCCAAAGGGCGAGCCCGGUGCCGCUGGGAUCCCUGGAGAGCCAGGAACCCCAGGAAAGGAUGGAGCCCCUGGUUUCCGAGGAGACAAAGGAGAUAUUGGCUUCACGGGUCCCCGGGGCCUCAAGGGUGAAAGAGGAAUAAAGGGAGCCUGUGGCCUUGAUGGACAAAAGGGAGAUAAGGGAGAAGCUGGGUUUCCUGGACGCCCUGGGUUGGCAGGACAGAAAGGAGACAUGGGGGAACCUGGUUUGCCAGGUCAGUCCGGGGCUCCUGGCAAAGAAGGCCUGAUCGGUCCCAAGGGUGACAGAGGCUUUGAUGGGCAGUCAGGGCCCAAGGGUGACCAAGGCGAGAAAGGAGAGAGGGGGCCCCCAGGAGUUGCGGGCUUCCCGGGUCCCAGAGGGAAUGAUGGCUCUAGUGGUCCCCCCGGGCCACCUGGUGGUGUUGGUCCCAAAGGCCCUGAAGGACUCCAGGGUCAGAAGGGUGAGCGAGGUCCCCCUGGAGAGAGCGUGGCGGGGGCUCCUGGUGCUCCCGGCACCCCCGGUGAGAGAGGGGAGCAGGGGCGACCUGGACCUGCUGGCCCCCGUGGGGAGAAGGGCGACCCUGCACUGACUGAGGAUGACAUUCGGGGCUUCGUGCGUCAGGAAAUGAGUCAGCACUGUGCCUGCCAGGGCCAGUUUAUUGCAUCUGGAUCACGACCCCUCCCUGGUUAUGCUGCGGACACAGCUGGCCCCCAGCCCCACCGUGUGCCUGUCCUCCGGGUCUCUCAUGUAGAGGAGGAAGGCCAGGUGCCCCCUGAAGAUGAUGACGACUUCUCUGAAUACUCGGUGUAUUCUGUGGAGGACUACCAGGACCCUGAGGUUCCUUGGGAUGGUGACGGCGAGAUUAAGGGCUUGGACCAGAGAGGUUCAGAUCCCUGCUCCCUACCACUGGAUGAGGGUUCCUGUACUGCCUACACUCUGCGCUGGUACCAUCGGGCUGUGCCUGGUGGCACGGCCUGUCAUCCCUUUGUCUAUGGUGGCUGCGGAGGGAAUGCCAACCGAUUUGGAACCCGUGAGGCAUGUGAGCGCCGCUGCCCACCCCAAGUGGUCCACAGCCAGAAAACAGGUGCUGCCUAGGGCUGAGGUCCGGACGGCGUGCUUGAUGGUCAGCAGUCCCAGGAGGUGGCUGGGCUCGGCAGGGUCCUGCUGUUCUCCACUUGGUGCUAGAGUUGUGUGUGCGCGCGCGCGUGUGUGUGUGUGUGCGUGUCCACUGUUUCAGUGACUUGGUCCUGUGGGUCAAGCCUUCCCCCCUGUGGACAAAUACCCAUUGUGGCGCCUGCUUUCCUGGCAGAUGACUCACUGUUGGGGGUGGUUGUGGGUAGUGAAUGGAUGUGACUGGUGUCCAACCUGCCCCUUGACCCAAGGCUGUGAUGCCAUGGUGCUGAUUCGGGGUGGGGGGGAGGUCAUUAAAGCUGCUGUUUUAAAAG